AUGAAAACGUUCAAUACAGCGCGCACCCUGGCAGGGUUGAUGCUAGUGUUGCUAGCGACGCUACCCUACACGACCGUAGCCCGAAGCUACGAGAAGCAGUCACCCCGGAAGGGCAAAUCGGCCCAAAUCGUGUCAUCAGCGCCCACAAUCACGACCCCACUCAUGGACCUCUGCUCGGAGGACAUCAACAUGAAGCUUGCCUGCCACUGUUCGCCGGAAGGACACGCCAAAGCGCAGAAAGCAUCCUGCUCGAUCUUCGACGGUGAGCUACCCCGGAAGGACUACAACUGGCUCGCGUUUCACACGCAGAGUGAACUCGAGCAUCUAAAGUUUACCGUGCGCAAGUCGGGCAACCUCACGUACAUCCCAUCGGACGUGAUCGCGACGCUGUACAAGCUGCGCACGGUUACGAUCGAGUACGGCAUCAUCGGGGAUAUCUAUCCGUUCGCGUUUGGCAACCUAACUGAGCUGCGCGUCAUCAACCUGCCCAACAAUCAGAUCGUAACGCUUCACGGGAACGCCUUUGCGCAUCACAAAUCGCUCGAAGAGCUGAUGCUCGAGAACAACUACAUCAAGAAGAUCGAUCGGGACGCGUUCGCUGACGUACCGAAGCUGAUCAAGCUUAACCUGGGCAACAACAGCAUCGUCAACCUGCACGAUAACGGCUUCGAGGAGCUGACCAAGCUCGAGGAGCUGCGACUCGAAUCGAACCAGAUCGAGGUGCUGGCGCGUGAGUACUUCAAAGGGCUGGAGAACCUGAAGAUCCUGAAGCUGUCGUACAACGACGUCCAGUAUCUGGGUGCGUUCGUGUUCGCUGACCUCUGGAGCCUGCAGAUGCUCUUCCUCGAUAGCAACCGCAUUGUGAAAAUCGAUGAGCGUGCCUUCGACGGACUGACUAGUCUGAACUAUCUGCACCUCGAGAACAACCGCAUCACGACGAUCGACAGUGCCACGUUCACGAGCGUGUCGGCAUUGCUGCUGCUCAACCUGGACUCGAACCAGCUCACGACGAUGACGUACGGGCACAUCGUCCCGCUGAUGGACAAUCUGGUCAACAGCAGUGCGCUGUUGUCCCUGCGAGAUAAUCGCUUCGUGUGCGACUGCCGGCUGUCCUGGAUGUACGACCUGAGUGACCGCACGAGAAACGAAGAGCUACGGGAAAACCUGAAGGGCAUCGACUGCAUCCUGGGCCAGACACCCGAGGAACCGACGCGUUCACCACUGGCCAGCUCGUACGAUUUCGGUCAGCUCGAUGAGAACGGCGAGUACAUCGAUGAUUCGGCCAGCGAAAAUGACGCCCUCGCUAAGGACACACCCCAGACCGUGAACGUGCUGAAGCUGGGCCGCGAAGAGCUACCGUGUCCGGAGGAGUUGGCCGGUCCGACUGGUGAUCCGAACCCGCGCGAAUCCAAAGGCUUGUUCAACCUGUCCUGGAAUAGCUCAGCGGCUGGUGACCGGUACGGAGGCAGCAGUAGCCACGAGCUGCUGCUGCUGUUGCUGGCCGGGUUCGGUGUAGUACGUAGAACACUUAGCUGCUAAGCUCCGACACCGGUUCUUUUUUUCGGGCGGUAACUUAUUUUUGUAGUGCGUGAGUGCUUUACUUCGGCCGCGUUUUUCACCCGGUUUUCCCUCUACCUGCUCCUUAACCACCCCCACACCCGAGGAAGGGUCCUGUAACGUGCAUGUAUUAUAAUAGUGAGAACGGUGAGAAAAGGGACGAUUUUGCCAACCUAUUUCGUAGCGUCUAGCGAAAAAACACGAUAGAUAAACUAGCGAUGCCGCCGAUCGUUGACGGUGGUUUUGUUUUAGUUAUUCGGUUUACUUUCUGUCUGU